AUGCGAAAAAGACGACAACAUGAACGAUGGUUAAGAUGGCGUGAUACACCGUCGCACAUUGUACUCAAUCCUCGUGGGUUUUGCUUUGUAUCCGCUCGGUUCAUGUGGGAAUGGGAAAGGUUCAUUGAAGGUUGGAGAACGGAGCCACCAUUGGAAGAGACAAUCAAUGGCGAGCAUCAUCGUGCAUGGUCACAAUCGGAUAUUCGGUUCGAUCCAUUUCUGCCAGAAGCUACUGAUCUCCUCAUGGUAUCCACUGAGACAUGGGAAUAUCUUGAAAAAGCAUACAUAGUAGCAGGCCCCAUGAUCACUGAAGGUAUAAUAUAA